AUGCUGGUCGCGCACAAUACCUACCGUGAUUCUACGGCCAUGGAUGAGGAGGCAGCUGAGGAGGCGCAUUUAUACGCGGACCUUGCAUCUCUUCCACCGAGCCCCCAGGCUCUCGCGGCACGCGUGUACCACAAGAUGAUGCAGUCGCAGGCGCCGCAGUCGAUUCUGUAUAGCGGCCUGACGGAUGCGGGCAAGACACACAAUAUGCUCCGUGUGACGGAACAUCUACUCGCACUCUCCGCAUCGCAUUCCCAGCAUGAGUCACAGCUUGCCGACCAGGUGCAAUGUGCCCAGCAGGUACUCUCUGCGUUUGGUGGCGCCAAAACCCAGUCCAACGAGCAGGCAUCGCGGCAUGCCACGUACUGGGAAUUGCACUUUUCUGCGCGUGGACGCCUUGCCGGCGCCAAGGUGCUUACGUUCGCGCUAGACCAGCACCGCCUACACCAGCUGCCUAGCGGGGAGCGCUCGUAUGCCAUCUUUUACCAGGUACUGGCAGGUGCCACACGCAAAGAGCGCAGCGAUUACCGUCUCGACGAGCUCAACCUGGAUAUUGUGCCCACGCGCGACGAUGCACGCACCUUCGAGUGGACGCGCACAGCACUAGCGCGCCUCGGAUUCAAGGAAAAGCAUGUGCAGGGCGUGCUUCGCGUGAUUGCCUCGAUCCUGCACAUCCUCGCGAUCGAGCUGGGCGACGCCGAUGACCACGUCCAGGUGCUCAAUCCCACCAAGCUCUCCUGUGCGGCGGAACUGCUGCAGGUGAGUGCGGCAGAUCUGCAGCAGAGUCUCGUCAUGGACACCUUGUUUGUACAGGGCGAGCGUGUGACGCACAUGCUUGAUGCACGUGGCGCACGACAGCAGCGCGACUCGCUCGCGCACCACCUGUAUGCCGUGCUCUUCGCCUUUGUUGUCGAGGCAAUGAACCAGAAACUGGCGCCGGCGGAAGUCCAGCCUCUGCAAAUCGUGCAGCUCGAUCCGCCUGGAUUUGUCUCGCAUAUGCGUCUUCCGCAGCGGACGCCGCGCGCCUCGCACUUUGAUGAUCUCGCGAAAAACUACAUUGCCGAUUUGCUGCGUCACCUGAGCGUGCGCUCCAUCCUGGACCCCAGCGGCUGGCGCGGCGUGUGUGAGGCCGAAGGACUGCCGGUCCCCGAGUCCCACAUUCCCUCGGAUUGCGUAUCCCUGCUGCGUGGCGAGCCGGUACCGCUGGGCGGCGCGGCGCCCUGGGACGCACAGGGGCGACCGUCGCCGCCCGCGCUGGCGCAGCCCACAGGCGGGCUCCUCUCCGACUAUGCACGUGUGCUGGACACCGUGCUGGCCGGCGAGCGCGCUAUUGACGACGAUGGCGCACUGCUGCGUGACUUGGAGCGCCAUGCAGAACACCAUGCCUUUGUCGCGCCGCGUGCGGGGUCCAGCGUAUUUGAUAUUCAGCACUCGCUGGGGCCGUGUUCCUACACGGUGCUGUCGCAUCAGCGCUCCGAGCUCGACUGGCUACCUACGCAGCAGCUUUCGAUGCUGCGCGCCUCGCGCAACGCAUUUGUUACACGGCUGUUCGCUGGCCCCGGCCUCGCGAUCGAGUCACGUCUGUCAGAGCAGGUGCUGCUUCGUGCUCAAGUGUCGUCGCGCCCCUUGCGCCGACCCACGCGCCUAGGCGCCCGUGUGCCGUGGCCUGAGACGCGCAUUGAGGGCGUUUUGCAGCAGAUUGACUAUGUGGUACAAAGUCUCUGGCACACGAUGCAGCAGGCUGAUACGUGCUGGCGAGUACUGUGUCCACAAGGGCUCGACGCGCAACGUGUCUCGGCACAGAUCCAUGCGCUAGGCCUGACGAGACUGGUGAGUGCACAGCGCUACAGCUAUGUAUACCUUCCUCGCGAUACCUUUGCAGCGCAGUUUGGCGACUUGGAGCAGGCGAUCCAGUCCCGUGGAUGGCUUGUGCCCAGCGAUGUGAGUGUGGGCGAGUCGCUGGUGGCCCUGUCGUACCCUGCGUGGUUUGCGCUGACGGGUGCCGUCACGCCACCGCGUACGUCCAAGCCGCUUGUACGCCUAUCGCAGCAAGCGCCGACGGUGCACCAACCGUACAUGCAGGAUCCUCCCGGCUCAGACAUGUCGCUGCUCAAGCCUGAGGCGUUGGGCGAGGAGCCCAUGCUCCCAACGGACCUCGCGCCUGCAUGGCCGCCCAUGGUCGACAGCAAGGAGGGUCUGCUGCAGCCGACCGAGAUGGACGAAGAGCCUGUGUCAACUGAGCGCCGCUUGUGGUCGUGUCUGACGUGGGUGCUGACUUUUUGGAUGCCCGACUCGGUCCUCACGCAUGUGCUCGGAAAGACGCGCCCUGAUGUGCGUAUGGCAUGGCGCGAGAAGAUGACCAUCUGUUUGCUCAUCUUUCUGCUGUGUGCCAUGAUCCUCUUCUAUAUCAUUGGACUCGGCCACCUUCUGUGUCCUGACUUUAAUCGUGCAUGGAACGAGGGGCAGCUGAGUGAGCACGGGGAUGGCGACUCGUUCUAUGUGGCGGUCGCGGGCAAUGUGUACGAUCUGACCAAGUUUUACAAGUUGAGUCACUCGGAUAUUCCCAGCAUGCCCGUCACGCAAGACGUGAUGAUGCAACUGGCUGGCCAGGACCUCACGCCCUACUUUCCGGUGCCACUCAACGUGGGGUGCUCGGGGCUCGUCCAGGACGCGACGAUGCAGCUGAUGCAGCAGCAGAACCUCACAGCGCCCAUUGCCCAAGCCGUGCAUCAGUCCGGUGCAGCGCAGUCGCACAAGAACACCAAGCUCAACAAUCCCAACUGGUAUUACCAGCGCUUUUUGCCCACGAUGAAAAAGUAUUGGAAGGGGCACUAUGUAUACGACAAGGCGCGCAUUCAGAGCGAUGGCUCAUGGCGCAGCUGGGCGAUUGUGCAUGGGCGCUUGUACGACCUCACUAACUACCUGUACACGCAGCAGCAGCACCCCGGCGAUGACAAGUACAGCUUCCUUAACCACGACCUUGUCGACUUGUUCCAGGCGCAGGCGGGUAGCGAUAUCUCAGGCGACUACGACGCACUGUUGCAAAGCCUUUCACCUGCCGCGCAGCAGCAACAUCAGCACUGUCUGGACCAGGCGUUUUAUGUGGGCCGAUCGGACUUCCGGCUCGAAGCGCGGUGUCUCGUCCAGAAUUACUUGCUACUUGCGUUCUCGGUGAUCAUUUUCAUCUCGAUCUUGGCCAAGUUCCUCAGUGCGCUGCAGCUCGCACACCGUCCCUCACCGGAGCAGCAGGAGCGCUUUGUCAUCUUGCACAUUCCCUGCUAUACCGAGGGCGAGGAGUCGCUUCGCAAGACGAUUGAGAGUUUGGCUGUGCAAGAGUACGACGACAAGCGCAAGCUCUUAUUUAUUGUAUGUGAUGGAAUGAUCGUGGGCAGCGGCAACGAGCACGCAACGCCGCGCAUUGUGCUGGAUAUCCUCGGUGUCGAUCCCAGUGUGGAUGCCGAGCCGCUCCCUUUCAAAUCGGUUGCCGAAGGCUCGAAGCAGCUCAACUAUGGCAAGGUCUACUCAGGCCUCUUUGAAUGCGAGGGCCAUGUCGUGCCGUUCUUGGUUGUCGUCAAGGUUGGUCGUCCCAGCGAGCGUUCUCGGCCCGGUAACCGUGGUAAGCGCGACACGCAGAUCCUGCUGAUGCGCUUUUUGAAUCGCGUGCAUUUUGAUGCGCCAAUGUACCCGCUUGAACUGGAGAUGUACCACCACAUGAAGAAUGUGAUCGGCAUUGACCCGUCGUUCUACGAGUACAUUCUCAUGGUCGAUGCUGAUACGCUCAUUACUCCGGAUGGUCUCAAUCGCCUCGUGGCUGCGUCAGUCGACGACCCCAGCACGAUUGCCGUGUGUGGCGAGACGCUGCUUGAGAACGAAAAACAGUCAGUGUGGACUAUGGUGCAGGUGUACGAGUACUACAUCUCACACAACCUGUCGAAAGCAUUCGAGAGCUUGUUUGGCAGUGUAACGUGUCUGCCCGGCUGCUUUAGCAUGUACCGACUUCGCUCAAGCGACAAGGGCCGCCCGCUGUUCAUCUCGGACAAAAUUAUUGACGACUACUCGGAAAACCGUGUGGAUACGCUGCACAAAAAGAACCUGCUCGCGCUCGGUGAGGACCGCUACCUGACGACGCUCCUGCUCAAGCACUUCCCGCUUUACCGCACGCGAUACCGACACGAUGCGAAGGCCAUGACGGCUGCGCCGGACUCACUCUCUGUCUUGCUGUCGCAGCGCCGUCGCUGGAUUAACUCGACCGUGCACAAUCUGGUGGAGCUGGUCAAGAUGAAAGGGCUGUGUGGCUUCUGUCUCUUCUCCAUGCGCUUCAUCGUGUUUAUCGACUUGGUAGGCACGAUUAUCCUGCCUGCAACGGCCGUGUACAUGGUAUACCUGAUUGUGACGGUGUCGAUCGGCCAGAGUCCCAUUCCGGUGAUUGCCCUGGCCAUGAUCGGCGCCGUGUACGGUCUGCAGGCGGUCGUGUUCUUGCUCCGUGGCCAGUGGCAGUAUAUUGGCUGGAUGGUCAUUUACCUACUGGCCUACCCGUUGUACGCAUUCCUCCUCCCCAUCUACUCGUUCUGGCACAUGGACGAUUUUUCGUGGGGCAACACGCGCAUUGUCGUUGGCGAAAAAGGGAACAGGAAAGUGGUCGCUGGCACAGACGACGAGCCGUACGACGACUCAAUGAUCCCCCGCAAAAGCGUUACCGAGUACCAGCAGGAGCUAUAUGGCGACGAGGAGCCCAUGUUGCUGUACGGCGCACCACCGAGUAUGGCCUCUUCGACCCCCCUGGAGCCUGAGGACGACUACUUCCAGAGCACAAACUUACGCGACAAGGCACACCGCUCGCAUCGCCUCUCGUCUACAUCGUGGAUGCCGUCCACAGGCAAGGCGCGCGACUCGCUCGCGACGCUCCCCUCCAUGGCUAGCAGCGGCCUGGGCUGGCCCAUGUAUGCACCGUCCAUGCCAUCGAUGCCCUCCAUGUAUGGGAUGCCCAUGUACCCGUCGUUCCCAGAGAUGGGCACGCCAUUCCCGCCGUCUAGUACGGACCAUCAUACAGGCCUACCGAUGGUGUACGAGGAGCAUCCCUCCGAGGAGCAGAUCCGCACAGCAAUUCAGUCGUAUCUUGCGGCACAGUCAAGCUUGAUGCACGUCACCAAGCGCGAUGUUCGCGAGGCUGUGGCCGCCUCGAUGCCCCAUGCCGACCUAACGGGCCACAAGACCCUGAUGAAUCGCAUUAUUGAUCAGCUGCUCUCUGGACAGAUUGCCUAG